GCGCUUCUCUGAUUAGUCUGAUUAUAGGACUCCUAACCCAACUCCUACUCAGCCGAUUUCCGAAGGUCGAAAUUGAAGUUAUGUUUGAUAUGUCAGUUGAACAUUAAAAUAUAGGAUUCAUUAUGUCUUUGUAUGAUGAUUUUGACAAACAUCGGACGACGGAGAAAGUCGCCGGAUGGUCUUCCGGCAUUAAGUUACUACAAUCGCAGCUGCAGCUGAAAAAAGCUGCUACAACACAGCCAAAGCGUGAGCAAUACAGAAAAGCUACUGCUGUACUACCACCAGUGAUAGACUUGAAAUCAAAAGCUAACCGUGAUGUCGACAGGGAGGAUGACACGGCUCACAACAAUCCAUUAUCUAGUGGCAGCGUGAGCAGCAUAGGGGUAGGUGGUGAAUUUGACUGGAAUGUGGUGAAUGAAUACGAUCCUAUAUGGCCCAAUGAAUAUGAAAAAGUUGUGAAAGAAUUACGCGAUAUCAGGGAUAGAGAGCACGAUCAGGAGACAGAAAUGCGCAAACGUAGGAGGGAUAAUACUCGCUUUGAAGAUACUCAGACUGCUGGUGGAAAUAGUACAAUGAUACCUCCCGAAAGAGAUGAAGAGAGAACGCCGACCUCGAGAGGUAUAGUUGGAGGUGCUGCCAUAGCACCACCACCGUCCUUACAAGAAUCUACAGACGUGCCACCACCACCACCACCACCGCGACAGCCGUCUAAUCUAGGCUACUCAACAUCGUCCGUAGCAGCAAAAAUAAUGGCUAAAUAUGGCUUUAAGGAGGGACAAGGUCUUGGUAAAAAGGAACAAGGCAUGUCAGUUGCAUUGCAAGUGGAAAAGACUAGUAAGCGUGGUGGUAGAAUAGUUGGUGAGAGGGAACAGCUAAUGCCUCCACCACCACCUAUCACAGGAUCUCCACCACAGUCGCACAUGCUACCGCACGCACAACAACCCCAGGAAGAACCUAGCAUUACGGAAAUAAUGAAAUGUCCAAGCAAGGUUGUUCUUUUGCGCAAUAUGGUUGGUCCUGGAGAGGUUGAUGACGAUCUUGAACCGGAGGUGAAAGAUGAAUGCAACACUAAAUAUGGUGAUGUUGCACGUGUUAUUAUUCACGAAGUGAUAGAGGCUUCGCCAGAGGAGGCAGUACGAAUUUUUGUUGAAUUCAAGAGAAUAGAAAGUGCUAUUAAAGCCGUGGUUGAUUUAAAUGGACGUUUCUUUGGUGGUAGGCAAGUCAAAGCGGGAUUCUAUUCUAGUGAGAAACUUGAUAACUUACAACUGAUGGAUUAGUUUUAUCUGUAAGACGUUCAAACCGUAACGUUUGUUCUCCGUAAAUUGUAUAAAAAUGUUUUAUAUUUCCACUACAUGGUGUAGCAAAUCAUUGAAAAAUAAAUUUUCCUUUUAUAAUAUA